AUGACUACUCCUCAUACAGGUCUCACCCGGCGAGGCGGUCGGCUGUCACUUCCACAAGUUGGCACUGUGACUAAUAGUCGCUCUAGCCAGCGUCCCGGUGGUUCGAGCUUGCUCGAAGCCUCGAGCCCAACUUGGUGGUUAGACUACGCUCAAUACAGAAAUGAGGACGUCGCCAAUCUCUACGUAGCAAACAAGCUGAGCUGGCGUCUGUUCAAGAAAUUCAAGAAACGCCUCAGCGCCAUGGACAAUGUUCGUCGCCAAGCGCUUCUUGGCAAUGAGCUAACCGCCGAUGAAAGGCAGAUUGUAUCGCAGCCAUUCAACAAUUACGACUGGCUCAAACCCAAAAGAUCGACGUCCGACGACAUACAACUGGCCAGUGAGAUGCUACGACACGACGCUGAUCAGCUGAUCCGGUUGCACAGCGUUCUGGAAAGGUUCAAUCCACGCCCUUGA